AUGCAGAUAUUCGUGAAAACCCUCACCGGCAAAACCAUCACCCUUGAGGUUGAGUCCUCAGACACCAUCGACAAUGUCAAGGCCAAAAUCCAAGACAAAGAAGGGAUUCCGCCGGACCAGCAGAGGCUGAUCUUUGCCGGAAAGCAGUUGGAGGAUGGCCGUACUCUCGCUGACUAUAACAUUCAGAAAGAGUCGACACUGCAUCUGGUGCUCAGGCUUAGAGGUGGUAUUAUUGAGCCUUCUUUGAUGGCUUUGGCUAGAAAGUACAACCAGGACAAGAUGAUCUGCCGCAAGUGUUAUGCUCGUCUACACCCUCUUGAGGCCAAAGAAGAAGAUCAACUCCCCCUCCUCCAACGCCUGAACAACUUGGUUUUGGAGCUCGAUAAUAUGUCAAAAUUAGCUGAGAAGUGCAAUAUUCAGGUGCCCGUGGAGGUUCUCAACUUGAUUGAUGAGGGGAAGAACCCGGAUGAGUUCACUAGAGAUGUUCUGAAUAAUUGCAUUGCCAAAAAUCAGAUCACCAAAGGAAAAACUGACGCCUUCAAGGUUUUGCGUAAGAGCCUACUAGAGGAACUUGAUCAGGCAUUCCCCGAUGAGGUGGAAGCAUAUAGGGAGAUACGUGCGAGCUCCUCAUCUGAAGCUAAACGCUUUGGGCAGGCACAAAGUAUGCUACCUAAUGGAGAUGUCAAGGUUAAGAGUGAAAUCUAA